AUGGCAGCCCAUCAACGGGAUUUUGCCAAGCUCCACUCGCCCCGCGCCCGCACCAACACGGCUGAAAAGCAUACCGUGGCGGCCUUGUCGGAGAUUUCUGAGAGCCAGCUGGUCUCUGGGCGCGCUGCCGGCCGCAAUGCCACGGCCAAGCGAAUGUUUACCAAUUUCAUGCCCGAGGGCAAGCACCAUGAGCGACGACAGGGCGUGUCACAAGCCAGCAAGCAAAAGACCAAGGCCCGUGGCUUGCGGAUCGCCAAUGCCGGCAUCCCCGACCAGCUACUCCGUAUGUCUUCGAGAAGGAUCCAAGAUUACUUCGCCAGACUAUGCCAGGCUGUCUUCACACGGAAGAUGUGA